AGUUCCUCAACUCAAGUGCAAACCCACAACAGAAAAGGACACACAGAGUAAAAUGAGAAAGAGAGUGAAAAAUGCACUCAUUUAAAAAAGCCCCUAAUCACCUCUAGUCUCUGACAUGACGGAGGAAGUGUUGGUGCACAUCAUGCCAUGGACCCCCAAGUCCAGAUUCUGAAGGGCAUAUUGGCCCAAAUUGCCAGCAAGGAAGCAGAAGGAGAGGGGCCAGAGAAUGGUUUUACUGGAGAGUUUCUGAAACUGAAGUGGCAGUCUACCAAGUAUCGUGCGGAGAAAACGUACUCCUCCACAGCUGCAGACAAACAAGAUAACGUGAAGAAGAACAGAUACAAAGACAUUGUACCUUUUGAUCACAGCAGAGUGAAGCUCACCCUCAUUACAUCCAAACAUGACACAGACUACAUCAAUGCUAGUUUCAUUAAGGGGGUGUUGGGCACAAAGGCAUACAUUGCCACACAGGGCCCACUGCCAAAUACUGUACUUGACUUCUGGAGGAUGCUGUGGGAAUACAACGUGCAGGUUAUUGUUAUGGCUUGCCGAGAGUUUGAAAUGGGAAGGAAAAAAUGUGAGCGUUACUGGCCAGUGUCAAAGGACACCGUUUUUGUGUGUGAGCCCUUUACCAUACACUAUGAGUCUGAUGACAAUAAGGAAGAAUAUUUGACAAGGACACUGAAGGUGACAUUUAAAAAAGAGUCCCGGACCCUGAAGCAGCUGCACUAUGUGAACUGGCCAGAUCAUGGAAUACCUGACUCCAUUCCAGCAGUCUUGCAGCUGCUGCAAGACAUGCGCAUUUACCAGGAUCAUGAGGACCUUCCUAUCUGCAUUCAUUGCAGUGCAGGCUGUGGAAGAACAGGUGCAUUGUGUGCCAUUGACUAUACCUGGAAUCUACUGAAGAGACAGAUGAUACCAGAAAAUUUCAGCAUCUUUGAUCUGGUAAAGGAAAUGCGUACACAGCGGACCUCUGUGGUUCAGACUAAGGAACAAUAUGAGUUGGUGUACAGGACCAUUAAAUUGCUGUUUGAGAGAUAUUUGGUUGCAAUGGAUGAAUCAAACCAAGAGGUCCCAGCUUCGCCCUCCCCUAUCCACACAAGCAGAGAGAGUGAGCUCUCAGAUUUCAGCGAACCAGAUUUAGAAACUGGGACAGACUUCCGAGUGUUGCUUCAGACUGAACACAGGAAUUGUGAAAAGAACAUUCCUAUGGAUGACUGCAAUCACAUUACUCAGAAAGUCACUUCUUGGCCACAGCCUCAUUUUCCACCACUCAACCCAGUGGGCGUUUCCAUCAGAUAUAUUCCCGCAGACACACUUAAUACAAUGAGUGAAUGGGCACAGAUUAAAGAAGACCAGACUUCAUUCAUAACACAGGCUUCUCAAACAAACUUCACGAUCUAUGGAACUCAAAGAACUGAGCCAUUCACCAGCCACAAAAUUGAUCCUUCCCAAGCUGCAUGUUCAAAUUAUCCCAUCAGCCUAGUACAAGAGCUGAAGCCAAGUCUGAAGCAUGUAGAGUGGGUAGAGAACCAAGAUCUUAGACUUGUUGCUGAACACCUCAACCCUGUUAUUCCCAGCAGUCUCUGUUUUACUGUGGAAGAUCCAUAUUUUGGUCCUGAGUCUCCAUCAACUGGUGAAAGUCCCAGUGUUAUAGAGUCUACAGCCCAUGGAACAUGGAUGGAGAGCUCUUGUUUCACAAUACCUAGUUUAGUUCUUAAUAAUCAGGCUUUAGAACUUCCAAAACAUGACUGCAAUAAAAAAGGCAUAAGUACGCCUGCAUCGAAUGAGAACUUUCCUCCUCCUUUGCCCAAGCGAACCCCAGAGUCUUUUAUUCUGGCUGAUGAAAACAACGAUAUCAGUAAAACCAGUGAGCUGUUGACAUUAGUCAUCCCAACCAGUUCAGACUUUGAAAGUGUCAACAAAGAUAAACCCCCCUCACCUGUACCCCCACUGCCCGAGAGAACUCCAGAGUCCUUUGAAUUGGCCACUGAUGAGGAUCUGGUAAAAAGUGCAACCCUGGAAAAACCACAGGAUGCUGUAAUGAGAGUCGGGAAAUCUUUAGAAUGGUCUGGGAAGGCAUCUGAGGCUCAGACAGAUUUGAAGCGAUCCUGGUCCAGGAGCAAGAGCUUAAAACUCAGAAUGUCACUUCCUGCCUCAUCAUCUAUUCCAUUAUGCCCUUUUCCAAUCACAAGUCACACCCCUCCACCCCUACUGCACAAACAUCCACAGGAAUGUUCAACUCCUCCACUCCCUGAAAGGACUGCAGUAUCUUUCCUUUAUAACAUGGACAAAGUGCCCAACAAUAGCGCCCCCUGUUUGCCAGCUGAUACUGAACAGCAGAGACUGAGAGUUGGCACGUCAUCUGAGUGGUCAGGCAGCUCUCAGCAGAGAUCAUUCUUGGAUCAUUCUUGGAGCCGAAGCAAGAGCGUGCGAGCAAAAAGUUCUAUACAAGUAGGGAACCAAGCAGGAAACAGCAGCCAGCCAGUAGCAGGUGGACCAGCAGAGAACCAGUCAGACAACAGGGGAGAGAAGACUUCACUGGUCAGCAAGGCCAGGACCAAGAGCAUAAAAUUUUUGAAAGGAAGACAGAAGUCAAAAACAGCCCUUCAACCAGCCCCGCCUCAGUCUGCUCCACCCACCUAUGUUGCCCCUUCUGGAUUCUUAUUUUCUUUUGGAUCACGUUUUGGAAAGCCGAAGGGGCCACGGAAUAAGCCAGAACCUUGGGUCUAGUUCAUGCUGAAGCUGAACUGAAAAAGAGCAGUCUUUCAGAACAGAGACAGUCAUGAAACAUGGCUGCUUGCUAAAGAUUUUUA